UAGGGGUGAAAGUGUAUUUCAUAUCGAAUUCGGUUCUUUUUUUUUUAAUUGUGGUGUACGGAAAGUAACGUAAAGGCUAUGUUAUUUGCAUAAUAUUUUUCGUAAUUGCAACAGUGAUCAGUGCUAGAUCAAGAAGAAAGUGUUACGAUAAUGUAACGGCCAUCGAUACGCGCUCUCGUACAAAUGUGGGACCACGGUACAGUCUCAAGGCAAGAUACCAACAGUGGACUUUUCUUCAACGGCCAGCUAUGUUAACGGUGGAAUUCCGCUCGAGAGGAAUCUGAAGGCGGGGACUCUGACGUCACUCCGCUCAUGAUAAUGAGAGCGCAGUGAAAUAUGCCAAGGAGACGGAAUGGGGAGAUACCGCUUCCGGACGGGUGGGACGUCGCGCAAGACUUCGAUGGAAAAGUGUACUUCAUCGAUCACAAUACAAGAAAAACAACGUGGAUCGAUCCAAGAGACAGGUUUACGAAACCUCAAACGUUCGCAGACUGCAUCGGGAACGAGCUUCCACUUGGAUGGGAGGAAGCUUAUGACAAGCAUGUGGGUGCAUACUACAUUAAUCAUGUCAAUCAGACGACGCAGCUCGAAGAUCCAAGACAAGAAUGGCGCGCCAUUCAAGAGGCCAUGCUCCGAGAGUAUCUGCAGACCGCACAGGACGUACUCGAGGCAAAGAAGGAAAUCUAUGACGUGAAGCAACAAAGGCUAUGUUUGGCCCAGGAUGAGUACAAUCACCUGAACAACGCUUUGACGACGCUCGGCGCGUCGCGUACAAGUUUGUGCUCCAGUUCAAGUUCACUGAGUACCAAGUAUGAUCCCGAUCUUCUGAAAUCCGAUGUCGCGCUCGCGAGGAGUCGAGUUUCUCGGCUGAAACGGGAGCUUGAGCAGAUCCGAGCUGAAAUGAAUUGUACGCAGCGGGGAGUGGAUACUCUCGCGAGCGUUGAGCAAAAGUUGAGUGGCCACCACGGCGGUUGCUACAACAUUACGGAGGCCCAGGCGAUCAUGACGGAGCUUCGUAACAUCCAGAAGUCAUUAAGCUCGGGUGAGAAGGAGAAGGCUGAGCUGAUGCAGUCUUUAGCACAACUAAAGGACGAGCUGACGAGACUGCAGCUCUGCGAGGGCAGCCCGGAGGCGAGCACCCUGAGUCUUCCCCAGGAGAAGCUGAGCACCGCGUCCCAGACUGAUCUGUCCGGCGAGCUGGUGCCGAUCGGCACCCGCCUGGCCGAGAUGGCGCGUAUGAGGCUGCAGUACGACGAGGCGAGAAAAAGGAUACAGCAUAUACAGCAACAAUUGGCGGAUCUCGAGGAGAAAGUGACGCCUGGCCAGACCGAGAGCGACAAGGACAAAUUGUUGUUGUUCCAGGAGAAAGAACAGUUACUCCGUGAACUGAGAAGCAUAACGCCCCGUACACGGACCCAACAGGACAUGAAGAAGAUCCAGAGCGAGAUCCGCCGGCUGGAGCAGGAUCUGAACAACGCGCUGGAACUGUCAAACAAAACGAUCACCGAUCGCGUACGGUUGCACGAAGAGAAGCAGCUGUUGCUGCAACAGCUCAGGGACGCUCUCCGCUCGAUGGCGAUGCUCGAGGGUCAGUUGAAGACGCUCAGCGCGAGCACGCUCUCGGUGAGCAGUAGUUCCAGCCUGGGAAGCUUGAGCACGACCAGCAGCAAGGGCUCGCUGAGUUCCGGGCUGAGUUUCACGGAUAUUUAUGGCGGACCACAGUGCUUGGGCCCUGUCAAUUUGCAGCAAGAACGGCCGGUCGAUAUGGUCGAUCUGCACAGACGGGUCGAGAGACUGUUGAGAGGCUCGGAACAGAACAAUCUGGUCAGCACCCCGUCACCUGGAAGGUCCCAGCCUAGCCUGUCGCCUAGAUCCAGCCUUUCCAGCGUCAGCCCACCGGUCUCGCCGCUCUACGAGAACGCCCCGAUGGGGCCGCCGCCUGCGUACGAGCACGUGGAGAUGCAAAGGCGACAACAUCAAAGGAUCACCGUUUCCUCUGGCGUGAAUCUCGACGGUACCCAGCUGGAAGAUCGACUGGCGGAGCUCAGGCUCAGUCAGCAGCAACCGCCGACCCAGGAACUGUCGUGCAGUGGUGGUGGUGGUUCCCAGGAUCGUCUGAAGUUAGUCGGCGGACCACAUCCGCCUGUCGAGCUCCAGUCAGGAAACAUGUCCCAAGGCAGCGGCCUCGGUAGGCCUGUGCCCGCUGUACAGCAUCAGAUGUCCAUGCAGGAACCACCGCCUCUGUCGCCUAUCAGCGAGACCUCACCGCCCACCGGAAUACGCUCGAGAGCAAGCAGUUCCGGGACGAACACCAGGUCCGUUUCUGCUGCUGUUUCCGACGAAAGCGUCGCCGGUGACUCGGGUGUCUUCGAGGCCUCUAACAGAAGAAGACUCUCCGGGGUGAUCGGAGACGUCGACUCGUUGGCGCUGGGGGAAAUGAGCCUGGAGACGGCGCAGGUGCAAAUCAAGCUCAGGUAUUCUGUAAGCGAUGGCCUACUUCAUGUGGGUAUCGAGCGUGCGAGGAACCUAGCUGCCCUCUUUAUUCCUAACAACGCGCAAGUGUACAUAAAGGCUGCUUUACUUCCGAUGCAACCACCAGUUAACCAUAUAUGCUGUACGAAACCUGUAGUGGAUUUACACAAGCCAACCUUCGGUGAAACGUUCCCGAUUGCUGUACCACUUAACAAAUUGUACACAAAGACACUACAAGUUAACGUUUGGUGUACAGGCAAUGAGUCUGAGGAGUGCUUGGGAUCUGCCCAAGUAUCCCUUGCAGACUUUAGUCCAGAAUCGCCAAGCGUGAAAUGGUACAACAUACUGUCCUUCCGCUUCAUGCAGCCACCAGACAGUCCUAGUACGAGCACCAGCAACAGCAACAGCAUCUCUACUAGCGUAGGCAGACAAGCUAAACACGAUAAACAAGAAUCAGAUUUAUCCGUCUACCGUGGGGGACAGAACACUAAAGAGGAAAGCAGUGACGAGAGUACGAUAAUCAGCUCUCAAACGUCCACCUUGACGAGAAAUCAAGGAUGUGACGAACUGCAGACAGCUAUUUCCUUGAAACUAGAAGAACUGGCCAACUGCUUGGGAAGUCCUGAAGAAGAGGAUGAAAACGCUGGCAGCGAAAGCGGCAGUGAGGACAGUGACGAGGACGGGAUCAUUGUGGAAUUUAUGAUGGAGGACAAUGUUUUGGAAGACGUCUUGGAGCACGAGGAGGAUGAAGAAUUGAACGAGGAGGCAAAGCAAACACAGGACAAGGAGACCAAUACUGAGUGUAUUUUUAUACCGGAGCAGGGAAAACAGAGGAAACUUUCGGCAGCCGGCGUUACUCCCAACACUAUGUACGACGAUAAAAAUUCCAUCGUGAUUAAAAGAAGUCAAACCUUUUCUCCGAGUGCCGCAGUCAGCAAGAAUCAUUACAUCUGUCGGCUCAAUAGAAGCGACAGCGACAGUAGCAUGCCGCUCUACCGUAGGGGUGGACCAUUCCAACGAAAUUCGGUUGAAAGACGGUCCCUACGAUGGCGACGUCCUUCGUCCGCGCUCAGCUGCAAAACUGUCUCAAAGAAGUGCACCAAUUUGCCGCCCACCGCCAGAACAUCGCUGGAUCUCGAAUUGGAUCUUCAAGCACAGCAUGCUAGACUGAGCAACCUUCAAGAUGAGAUCACCAGAUUGCGAGAACUGAAGCAGAGGCUGGAACAGGCACGAGAGAAGGGAGACACCGACUUUGCAACCUGGUUGCUGGAGGAUCAUAAGUUCCAGAGCCUCAUGGCGCAAGCCGAAAGCGGGAAAAACGGAAAAAGCGCCGAAGAUAAAAGGGUGGAGAAAAUGUUAAAAAGAACCUCGAAAGAGAUCUACAAAUUAAGAAAAACGAAGGCUGGCAAGGGAAAACCCGACAUUAUUUCCUUCAAGGAGAAAAUGGCUUUCUUCACGCGCGUUAGUCUAAAUGUUCCUGUGCUUCCACCCGAAGAUUCAUCCUGCGAGAACGCAUUGUUACCGUCUCUGUCGGCCGGCCAGCACAAGAGAUACGCCUCGGAACCAGUUACCAGUGAAUCUGUGGUCGCUAAAGUUAAUGCUCAAUGUUUUACGAAUAUGGCCGCACGGUCGAACAGUGUUCCUAGCGGGAACGCGUCGUCGUCUGCUACGAGAGGCGACAGCGCCGCGGCGGCGAAUAACGCGGCGGCGGGGAUCGUUCCGAGCACGGUCGAGGAGAGUUCGGCGAACAGUACAAAUAAAUCCGUGAACGCGAAGGGUCGACCGGUCGCGGGGAAGCUGCAGUGCGCGGAGAACGGUCAGGUCGAGAGCCUGAAGUCGUCCGAGGAGACGGACAGCGAAGAGCCGAGAAGGUACGAGUACGUAGUCGACAGAGUUCUCGGAGUGGAAGUGUAACGUGUUCGCGCGUCUUAGGCCAUCUUUCUUAUUUGAAUUAUCGUGAAUGGACAAACAAACAAACAAAGAAAAACGAAUUGAUUUAAAUUAUUCAAACGAUUAAACGUGUGUACCG